CGGAGAUGGAGAAGGAGAAGGGGACGGGGAAGGUGGUGCUGCUCGUGCACGGACUUCUCCUCCUGCAGCUGACUAGACCCUCGCACCAAGGAGGGGUCUACAUUCCACCCGGAGCAGGAGGUGGACUAGGAGCUGGACUUGGGGCUGGGGGUCUCGGGGCUGGAGUUGGCCCUGGAGGGGGGACCGGUUUUGGCCCUGGAGGAGGAGUAGGAACUGGACUAGGUCCGGGAGGUGGAGUAGGGGGAGGGCUAAGGCCUGGUGUUGGGCCAGGAACUGGACCUGGAGGUGUUGGCCCUGGUGGGGCUGGUCUCGGCCCAGGUGGAGUUGGCCCGGGAGGCUAUGGCACUGGAGUCGGGCCUGGAGGGGUCGGACCUGGAGGAGUUGGAACCGGGUUUGGACCAGGAGGGGUCGGACCAGGGGGCGUUGGGCCUGGAGGAGUGGGCCCGGGAGGUGUCGGAACCGGGUUUGGACCAGGAGGGGUCGGACCAGGGGGAGUAGGUCCAGGGGGAGUUGGACCUGGAGGGGUCGGAACCGGGUUUGGACCAGGAGGGGUCGGACCAGGGGGCACUGGGCCUGGUGGAGUAGGCCCGGGAGGUGUCGGAACCGGACUUGGACCAGGAGGAGUCGGUCCAGGAGGCUAUGGAACUGGAGUAGGCCCUGGUGGUGUGGGUCCAGGGGGUGCUGGAACAGGAACUGGCCGUAAGCCACCAAAAACAGGUGGUGCAUAUGGUGGCUUUGGACCAGGCGGUGUAGGCACUGGUCUUGGAGCAGGUGGAGUCCGACCCGGAGGCGUUGGUCCAGGAGGAGUUGGUCCUGGUGGGGUGGGACCAGGCGGUGUCGGACCUGGAGGUUAUGGACCCGGAGGCGCUGGUCCCGGUGGUUUUGGACCCAGUGGUGUUGGACCAGGAGGAGUUGGUCCAGGCGGUUUUGGACCAGCAGGAGUUGGUCCUGGAGGCGUUGGACCGGGUGGAGUAGGGCCCGGUGGUGUCGGACCAGGAGGUUAUGGUCCCGGUGGAACUGGACCAGGUGGCUUCGGACCUGGAGGAGUGGGACCUGGUGGCGUCGGCCCAGGUGGUGUGGGGCCAGGUGGUGUUGGACCAGGAGGAGUUGGACCGGGUGGUUAUGGAACUGGAGUUGGGCCCGGUGGUGUUGGACCUGGCGGCAUUGGACCUGGCGGAGUUAGACCAGGUACAAAAGCCGGGAAGCCUUGGAAGACUGGUGGAUACGGAGGCCGUGGAGUAGGUCCAGGUGGAGCAGGUGCCGGACUGGGGGCGGGAGGACUUGGCCCUGGUGGUGUUGGACCCGGUGGAGUUGGCCCUGGUGGACCAGGAGGCUUCGGACCCGGUGGUGUUGGCCCUGGUGGACCAGGAGGCUUCGGACCUGGUGGUGUCGGACCUGGAGGAUAUGGACCUGGAGGAGGAUACGGACCAGGAGGAGUUGGACCCGGUGGUGUCGGUCCUGGCGGUGUUGGACCAGGUGGAGCAGGCGGUUACGGACCUGGCGGCACUGGACCUGGUGGUGUCGGACCUGGAGGAGUCGGCCCCGGUGGUUUCGGACCUGGAGGCGUUAGACCAGGCGCAGGUGGAAAGCCCGGAAAGACAGGCUAUGGAGGCCGUGGAGGAGCACUGGGGACUGGAGGCCUGGGCACUGGACUAGGACCAGGUGGUGCUGGAGUUGGUCCUGGUGGAACUGGAUUCGGACCUGGAGGUGCUGGAGUUGGUCCUGGUGGAACUGGCUUUGGACCAGGUGGUGCUGGAGUUGGUCCUGGUGGGUUUGGACCUGGAGGCGCUGGUACUGGACCUGGCGGAACUGGAUAUGGUCCAGGUGGUGCUGGAGUUGGACCAGGCGGAACUGGGUUCGGACCAGGAGGAGCAGGCACUGGACCAGGAGGUGCAGGUGUUGGUCCGGGUGGUGCAGGAGUUGGUCCAGGUGGAACAGGUUUUGGUCCUGGAGGCGUUUAUCCUGGAUAUCCUGGAGGACGGAAACCACCAAAAACAGGCCGUGGAACAGCGCUUGGUGGAACAGGUUAUGGACCAGGUGGCACCGGAUAUGGCCCGGGAGGAACUGGUUUCGGACCUGGUGGAACUGGAUUCGGACCUGGAGGUGCUGGAGUUGGUCCUGGUGGAACUGGCUUUGGACCAGGUGGUGCUGGAGUUGGUCCUGGUGGGUUUGGACCUGGAGGCGCUGGUACUGGACCUGGCGGAACUGGAUAUGGUCCAGGUGGUGCUGGAGUUGGACCAGGCGGAACUGGGUUCGGACCAGGAGGAGCAGGCACAGGACCGGGAGGUGCAGGUGUUGGUCCGGGUGGUGCAGGAGUUGGUCCAGGUGGAACAGGCUUUGGCCCAGGAGGUGCUGGCACUGGACCUGGUGGAGCUGGAGUUGGGCCUGGAGGGGCAGGAGUUGGACCAGGUGGUGCAGGAGUUGGACCAGGUGGUGCAGGAGUUGGACCUGGUGGAACUGGGUUCGGGCCAGGAGGUGCUGGUACCGGACCUGGAGGUGCAGGCACUGGUCCAGGAGGAGCCGGUGUUGGACCAGGAGGAGCACCCCUUCUUCCUCAGACUGGACAACCUGGUGGAACUGGUCCAGGUGGAAAGGCAGGCAAGGCAGGAAAAGCCAACAAGAUUCCAGGCAUUGGUCUUCCUGGACUGUAUCAAGGUGGGCUAGUACCUGGACAAGGCUAUGGUGGAAGAGGUGUGCUACCUGGCGUGGCCACUGGCUCUGGGGUUGGAUCUCAGUCAGGAGUUCUGGGCCAAGGCGGGGUUGGUCCCAAUGCUGGCCGUGGAGGUUCUCAAUAUAAUGGCGUGUUUCGUGGAUUCCCUCUUAUCUCACCCAAAACUGGAGCGGGAGGGAAAAAAUCUAAAGCUGGCAAAGCUGGCAAAUAUGGUGCAGGUGCUGGGACUGGGACUGGACCAGGUGGAGCUGGCGGGGCAGGCACUGGCACUAGUGCUGGCGCCGGUACAGGACUUGGGCCAGGCGGCAUACCUCUCGCUAGCGGAGUUCCUGGACAAGGCGUCGUAGCAGGGGCCGGUGGACCAGGCGGAGUGGGACCAGGCGGAGUGGGACCAGGCGGAGUGGGACCAGGCGGAGUUGGCACCGGACCAGGUGGUGUCGGACCCGGUGGUGUUGGCCCUGGCGGUUAUGGACCUGGCGGCACUGGACCAGGAGGUGUCGGCCCUGGUGGUGUUGGACCAGGAGGAGCAGGAGGAGGCCCAGGUGGAGUUGGUCCAGGAGGUUAUGGACCUGGCGGCACUGGACCUGGAGGUGUCGGGCCUGGUGGCACUGGACCAGGAGGUGUCGGGCCUGGUGGCACUGGACCAGGAGGUGUCGGGCCUGGUGGUGUUGGCCCUGGAGGAGUUGGUCCUGGAGGUUAUGGACCUGGCGGAACUGGACCUGGUGGCUACGGACCUGGUAGCUACGGACCUGGCGGAGUUGGACCAGGUGGUUAUGGACCUGGUGGAGUAGGCCCUGGUGGAGUUGGACCAGGUGGUUAUGGACCUGGUGGAACUGGGCCUGGUGGGGCUUACCCAGGAGGAUAUUCGCCAUCAGCAAAAGCUCGUAAAUACGGUUUACCAGGAGGUGCUGGAGCUGGACUAGGAGCAGGUGGCCUUGGACCUGGUGGGGCAGGAGUUGGUCCUGGUGGAACUGGCUUUGGACCAGGAGGUGCUGGUACCGGACCAGGCGGUAGAGGAGUCGGUCCAGGUGGGGCAGGAGUUGGGCCAGGUGGAACGGGAUACGGACCAGGUGGAGCAGGCACUGGACCAGGAGGAACUGGCUUUGGACCAGGUGGUGCAGGAGUUGGUCCAGGUGGAACAGGCUUUGGACCAGGAGGUGCUGGAACCGGACCAGGUGGAACUGGCUAUGGACCUGGUGGGGCAGGAGUUGGUCCUGGCGGAACUGGAUUCGGACCAGGAGGUGCAGGCACUGGACCAGGAGGUGCCGGGGUUGGGCCAGGCGGAAGAGGAGUUGGGACGGGUGGGGCAGGUGUUGGACCUGGAGGCACUGGAUUCGGCCCAGGAGGUGCUGGCACCGGACCAGGAGGAACUGGCUUUGGACCUGGUGGAGCAGGAGUUGGUCCUGGAGGUGGUUAUGCCGGAGCCAAAGCUCGUAAAUAUGGUCUGCCUGGAGGUGCCGGUGGUGCCCUGGGUGGUGGUGGCCUAAGGCCUGGAGGAGGAUAUGGGCCUGGUGGUGGAGUGGGACCGGGUGGCGUUGGUCCAGGUGGAGUCGGCACUGGCCCAGGAGGAGUCGGUCCCGGAGGAUACGGACCUGGCAGAACUGGACCUGGUGGUUACGGGCCUGGUGGCGUCGGCCCUGGUGGCGUCGGCCCUGGUGGUGGUGUUGGACCCGGUGGUGUUGGACCCGGUGGUUACGGACCUGGUGGAGUCGGACCUGGUGGAACUGGCCCUGGAGGAGUUGGACCAGGUGGUUAUGGACCUGGCGGAACCGGCCCUGGAGGAGUUGGACCAGGUGGAUACGGACCAGGAGGUGUUGGACCAGGCGGUUAUGGACCUGGUGGUGUCGGACCCGGUGGUGUCGGACCCGGUGGCCCUGGAGGCUACGCUGGUUCCAAGGCCCGUAAAUAUGGUUUAGGAGGGCCUGGUUCUGGAGUUGCUGGAGGGCUAGGAGGAUAUGGACCUGGUGGCGUUGGACCUGGUGGAGCAGGAGUUGGGCCAGGCGGAGUUGGUCCGGGUGGAGUUGGCACAGGACCAGGUGGUUAUGGACCAGGUGGUUAUGGACCUGGCGGAACCGGUCCAGGAGGUGCUGGACCUGGUGGUGUCGGGCCCGGAGGAGCAGGACGAGGUCCAGGUGGAGUUGGUCCAGGAGGAGUCGGCACGGGACCAGGAGGUGUUGGACCUGGAGGAUACGGACCUGGUGGUGGAGUAGGUCCGGGUGGCGUCGGACCUGGGGGUGUCGGGCCCGGAGGAGCGGGACGAGGUCCAGGAGGAGUUGGACCCGGAGGUUAUGGACCUGGUGGAACUGGGCCUGGAGGGUACGGACCUGGUGGUGGAGUAGGUCCGGGUGGUGUCGGACCUGGAGGAUAUGGACCUGGAGGAGUUGGACCUGGUGGUGUUGGCCCUGGUGGUGUGGGACCUGGAGCAUAUCCUGGAGGAGCAAAAGCAAUGAAAUAUGGUCGCCCUGGCGGCGGUGGCGCUCCCGGAUCAGGUGUGGGCGGUGCUCUCGGAGGGCUAGGAUAUGGAACUGGACCAGGAGGUGCUGGUACAGGACCUGGCGGAGCAGGCUACGGAACCGGAACUGGUGUCGGACCUGGUGGGGCAGGCUACGGAACCGGAACUGGUGUCGGACCUGGUGGGGCAGGCUACGGAACCGGGGUCAGACCAGGAGGAUAUGGAACUGGGCCUGGAGGCGUCGGUACCGGGCCAGGGGGAGCCGGGUACGGCACCGGAGUUGGACCUGGGGGAGUUGGUGCUGGACCCGGUGGAGCCGGGUAUGGACCCGGAGGAGUUGGCACUGGACCGGGUGGAGCCGGGUAUGGACCUGGUGUUGGCUACGGUCCUGGAAGAUAUGGAACAGGCUACUCACCUGGAUCAAAAGCUGCUAAAUAUGGUCUCGGGGCGGGUGCUGGGGGUGUCCUUGGCACAGGAGCUGGAGCAGGCCCUGGCUAUGGUCGUGGUAUGGGCACAGUGUCUGGAGGCCCUGGAGCGGGAGUAGGUGGAGUGCCUGGUGGAUACGGAGGAGGUUACGGAUAUGGCCCUGGUGGUAAAGCUGCUAAAUACGGUCAACCAGGCGGGGGAACCGGUGUGGGUCCAGGUGGAGUAGGAGCUGGACCAGGAGGCGUUGCAGGAAAUGGAACUGGGCCUGGGACAGGAGUAGGAGGUGGACCAGGUGGAACUGGGGGACCCACUGGCAUCGGGGGCACAGCUGUACCAGGGGGCGCUGCAGGGACGCUUGGAGGAUCUGGGGUUGCUGGCGGCAACGGGAGCACUGCUGUCACAGGCUCAACACCUGGAAACGGGACAGUGACUGUACUCCUCGGAGGCCCUACCGGAACAGGUGGACCUGGUGACAUCAAUGGAACCAGAACAGCCAAGGAUGGGGACGGAGCUGGAGGCAUAGAGGGCUCUGGUGGCUCACUGGGAGGAGGCCCAGGAGACGGUGUAACUGAUGGAGAUGGCGAUGGCCUGGUGAAGGUCGGGGGGACUGGCAUACCCAUCAUCGGCAGUGGCAGACCAGGCUCAGGACUACUAGUGCCAGGUGGAACAGGAGUGCCGAGUCCAGGCGCUGACGGUGGUCCUGGAGCGCCCUCUGGAGGUGGCGGUGGUGAGUAGAGUUGAAUGUUAUUU